GACCAGCCCAACCCAACCGACCCGGCGUCGUCUCGCGAGUCGCGACUAGCCAUCUCGUCGUUUCCCCUCGGCUUCGGCUCGGAGCCCAAGCCAACCCACCCCCCACGCCAGAUCCCACCCGCUCCGAAUCGCCGCCACUUUCUCCCUCCAGCCUUCCAGGCCCCGCGCCUCCUCGCCUGCCCACGGAUCAAAACCCCCGCUAGCCAGCUUAAUCGCGGCCGGUUCGAGCCCUUCGCGGGACGGCGGGAGGUGUUGUUCACUGAUUGCUCGGAGGAUCUCUCCACGGGGAGGCUCGGGCUCAGUCCCUGCCUCCCAGCUCCAGCGCGGGUCAGCGAGUCCUGAUUGCGUGGGUCACGGGUCCUGAGCUGUGAAGGCAGAAAGACAAGAAAAGUAAGGCUUCAGUAGUCAUUCCAGUUCAAGCCAUGAUGGAGAGGUCGCUGAUGGAGGCACUGGCCACGGCGGCCCAGGGAGGCACAUCGGGGACGUCGGUGCUCAGCAUGCUCAAGUAUGCCGUGCUUCCCAUCGCCAAGGUGUUCACCGUCUGCUUCAUGGGGUUCCUCAUGGCCUCCAAGUACAUCAACAUCCUCCAGCCCAAUGGCCGCAAGCUUCUCAACGGGCUUGUAUUUUCGCUUCUGCUUCCUUGCCUUAUAUUUUCCCAAUUGGGUAGAGCAAUCACUAUUGAGAAGAUGAUACAGUGGUGGUAUAUUCCAGUAAAUAUUAUUGUAGGCGCUGUAUCUGGCUCUUUGAUUGGCUUUGUUGUGGCAUCUAUCAUCAGACCCCCGUAUCCGUACUUUAAGUUCACUAUUAUCCAUAUAGGAAUAGGAAAUAUUGGAAAUAUACCUCUGGUCCUUAUUGCAGCGUUAUGUCGGGAUCCAUCUAAUCCGUUUGGUGACUCUGACAAGUGCAACCAAGAUGGAAAUGCGUAUAUCUCAUUUGGUCAAUGGGUUGGUGCAAUUAUUGUUUACACAUACGUAUUCAAGAUGCUUGCUCCACCACCAGGACGGACCUUUGAUGGCUCCGAAGAUGAUGAACUUCCAGUCAAGGGAUCUGAAGAGAAUGUGGUGCCACAACUCGCUAAAUAUCCAAUUCCAACAAGCACUCACACUAAUACUGUACCAGAGGAUGAGCCUUUGUUAUCUGCUGGGGAAGUUCAAAAAGAAUGUGCCACUUCUGUAGGAUCAAAGAUAAUGGGCCAUGUUAAAUGUGUGAUUAAAUUCCUGAAAGACAAGCAGCUUCUCCAGCCACCAAUUAUUGCAUCUGCUUUUGCAAUUGUCAUUGGUAUUGUCCCAUUCUUGAAGAACUUUGUGCUUACAGAUGAUGCGCCUCUCUUCUUUUUCACAGACAGCUGUCUGAUUCUUGGGGAAGCUAUGAUCCCGUGCAUUUUACUUGCUGUCGGUGGCAAUCUCGUUGAUGGUCCUGGUGAAGGAAGUAAGAGGCUUGGUGUGCGUACAACUGUUGCUAUAAUUUUUGCACGGUUGAUCUUGGUCCCUCUUGCUGGGGUUGGCAUCAUCUUGUUAGUUGAUAAACUUGGUUUCAUUCCGAAGGAUGACAAAAUGUUCAAGUUUGUCCUGCUACUGCAGCAUUCUAUGCCCACAUCAGUGCUGUCAGGUGCUGUUGCAAACCUGAGAGGGUGUGGUAAAGAAUCAGCUGCAAUCUUGUUCUGGGUUCACAUUUUUGCCGUGUUCUCUAUGGCAGGAUGGAUCAUUUUCUAUCUGAGCUUGCUCUUCUAAACACCUUACAGCACAGGAAGAUCUUUGAAAGAAAAUAUCAUCCAAAAGUAUCACGAAAAUAGCGGCAUGAUCUGUACAAUAGCCUGUAAAUCAUGGUGACAGAUUCAGAGGCUCUGUACGAGUUGUAUCAGCAUAGAUAUACGGUACCUCCCAAUGCUACGGUAAUUGUGGUUCUGCUGCUUCUGCUGCAAGCAGUGGGUGCAGAUGGCACAGCGGUGUUGCCCUGCCCGGUCACAGCGAACCAUUUAGAUAGGGAUGCCAGGUUAUUCCAAUCAAUACCCCGCUUUUCAGUUUUUCUUUGUUCCAAACAAUAUAGUACCAUACGAUCCUAUUCAAUCCUCGACAUGGUUCAAUUUUAUUUGUCUGAGAUGUC